GAAGCGUGAAACGCUCAUCCAGUUCGUUAAAUAUUUCCGUUAUGGAUUUCACAGUUACCAACAUGGCGGUCACGGAGUCAGACUAUGGAUAUUUCAGCUAUGAUAACACAACACAACCCUGCGAUGAGGAAGAGUUGUGGUUGCAGGGUUUUUACACCGUGUUCCGCCCGGUGCUCUACAGCCUCAUCUUCCUCCUGGGUUUGGCAGGAAACGGCUUGAUGGUCGCCGUCCUCCUGCGGCGUCGCCGUCGGCUGCGCAUCUCAGAGAUCUACCUGCUGCACCUCGCCCUGGCUGACCUCAUGCUGAUAUUCACGCUGCCUUUUCAUCUGGUCGAGAGCAUCACCAGCUGGAUAUUCGGAGACUUUUUCUGCAUGCUCACCGGCGUGUUGAGAAAUCUGAACCUCCUGUGCGGAAGUUCCCUCCUGGCUUGCAUUGGAUUCGAUCGGUAUUUGGCCAUUGUCCACGCAAUCCCCAGCAUGCGAAGUCGACGCCCGAAAAGAGUGCACCUAAUGUGCGGAUCGCUUUGGCUCAUCUGUUUGCUGUUGUCACUGCCCAACGCCGUCUUUCUCUCGGUCACAAAGUACACAAACGAGUCAAAGUCUGAUUGUUAUUAUUAUCGUUUUGACAUUCAUUCGCACAACUGGGUUUUGGCCAACAGGGUCCUGCAUCAUGCGAGCUUUUUCGUGUCUCUGGCUGUCAUGUGUUAUUGUUACACCGCACUUGUCACCACUUUGUUGAUAAGUCAGAAAAGCCAAGCAAAAAAAGGAGCCAUCCGACUGGCUUUGCUCGUCACAGUCGUGUUUUGUUUCUGCUGGCUGCCCCACAACAUCACCUCGCUGCUGAAAACUCUGGAGGACCUGGACAUCCCGCCGGAUGUCUCCUGUCGGUCCCGGGCCCUCCUCAACCAGGUCGAUGCGGUGACAGAGAGUCUGGGUAUCUCACACUGCUGCCUCAACCCGUUCCUCUACGCGUUUGUUGGGGUGCAGUUUCGCAACGAGCUUUUGCAUCUUCUGUGUCGUCUGGGCUGCAGGCGUUGCUGCUCAGGUUUUAUCGGAGCUCAAGAUUACAGACCGUCUGUUUCUGAUGGAACGACAUCAAACAGCACCAUCAUGUACUAACCAACUCAAAUUUAUCAAGGGUCAAAAGUCAUACAGUCUAAUUCUAGCCCAACAUUUCGAUAUGGGGCCCACAUAGGAAAUCAGCUGAAAAAUGGGCCCUGUAAGGCUAUAAAACUGUUUAUAGGUUUGCAGGAAACUGUGUAAAAGUUUUGGGAUUAUAUGGCUCCCAUUUGAGACCUAGUUAAGAUAUACACAUGGUGGUCAACUAUAAGUUGUAUUUCGUCAACCAAACUGGGUCCCAUAUGAGAAGCCUAUUGUGAACCCAGGCCCAGCCAAAACAAAGUUCUUAUGCCCCCCCAUACAUUGUUUAAAUGAACUAUAUAAAUAAAACAUCACAUAAUUAUUCAAACAGGGGAGAAUAAAAAAAAAUGUUGAAAAUAAAUAAAAUCUGUGGGGAGCUUCGGGCCAAUCUGCCCCUUCGUGCAGCAAUAUCCUACCCUGUUGUCAAACCAUUGCAUUUCUCUUCCGUUUUAUUUUUAGUCAGGUAUUUUCAUGAAUUAUUGAAAUACUCAAAAAUGCUCAAAUUUCAUGUGAAAUUUUGAUAUGAAAAUGUAUUCUGUCCUUUAGACCAGUUGACUUGUAUGGAACAUGACAAAAUACCACAUAUUCUUCGAGAAAAACAGAAAAUUACUUCAUCAGGUGAAAUUUGCCCUCCAGGUGGAUACGAAUUGACAAACGGUUGGUCUGAAACGACCUGAAGCAGAUGGCUCUGUUUGGGUAAAAAUAAACCCAAACUACAAAUAGACCUAGACUAUGAGGGUAUGAAUGGCAAAAGGUAAAAAUCAUUUGAACUGAUAUUUCUGAAGAAAUGCUCUGUUACAGCAGUUAAUAUCGGACGUUUGGCCCUCCAUACCUAAUCAAGUUUAUUUAAAGAGGUGAAAAUUGUUUCAGUUUCAUCCAGCGCUCUGACAACAUACCCAUCGUUUCCCCUCUGUAUUUAAAAUCUUGUAUUUACUUUGCUGACAUAAGGUAACUGGCUGAAAUGUACUGUAUCAUUUGCUUGUAUUGUAGCUAAAAACUGAAUUCAAUAAAGAUUUCUUAUAUUGCAUAAAAUCUGUUGCCUCGUCCUAAAGAAUAAACACAAUAACCAAAUCAACUCCAGAGAUUAUCCUUCUAUUUGUAGACGUCUAUUAAAACACAGUUAGACAGAACAACUGCAAACAAUCACAAAUUGCAUCUCAUAUACAGCAACUAUAUAUUAUAUAUUUAUAUAUAAUUUAUUUCCACAAGGUUUUGGUUUUUUUUGGGUUUUUUUUUUUUUUAAAUUGGAGAAAAAAAAUAAA